AUUACUUCAUUCUUGCUUAGCAUCAUGGCUGACAACCCAACCGUCCUGAUUUUCGGACCCACUGGCAAUGUGGGAUGUACUGCUGCGAUAACAGCAAACUCAAGAGGCGCAAAAGUAUGGCUUGCAAUGCGCGACCCAAGCAAGACUAUCAAAGAUCUAGACACAGAUUCCGACUAUUCCCGUGUUCAAGCAGAUCUUUCCAACCCAAGCUCCCUGGAGAGCGCAGUCAAACAAUCCGGCGCCAAAGCAGCCUUUGUCUAUGUCGUACACGACAUUGAGGAUCACAUGAAAGCCAGCUUCACUGCCCUCAAGGAUGCAGGUAUCACCUACAUCGUCCUUCUUUCCUCGUAUGGAGUAAGAGGCCCAGCAUCUGAUGAGGGUAAUAUGAAAUCUGCGAUUCCCAGAGUUCAUGCUAGGGCCGAACUGGCGCUCCAAGAGACUGGGGUUCCAUAUACUGCAAUUAGGCCUGCUUACUUCAAUACAAAUAUCUUGACCGACCUUUCAGGGAUCAAGAGCGGCCACGCGAGUAUUCCAUUCCCCGACGCCAUAUUCGACUACAUAUCUCCACAUGAUAUCGGGUCUGUCGCGGGAUCCCUCGUGGUAAACCAGCCUGUCGAGACCUCCAAAAUUGUCUACCUAUGUGGACCAGAACUCAUGACCCAGAAAGACGCAUAUGCAGUCAUUGGGAAGGUCCUCAACCGUCCCAUCGAGGUCACUGAGAUUGACGGAGAAGACUAUGUUAAGAAGUCACCUUUUCCCGAGUUUGUUGCUCGAUCUCUUUUGACCGUUUGGGCUUUACAGCUGGACAAGGAAAAAGCGUAUCCUGCUAAGCUAUACAACGAAGCAGCAGCAAAUAUCAAGAAUUAUAGCGGGAAAGAGCCGACACGUUUCGAAGAUUGGGUGAAGGAGAACGAGAAUAUAUUUGCGUGA